CUCUUCAACUUUAACUUAAAAAUAUCGGUUGUCCAAUCAUGUAGUAGAGAUCAUAAAACAUCAGAUAUAGUUACAUUUUUCAUAUUCAAUAAAACCAUCCAUGAUAUUUUCAUGUGUAUAAAUAGCAUCCAUAAUCCAUAUCAUCUACUCCCUAUUCUCCAGUAAUGACUAGUAGUAAAACAACUCUCUAACUACUAAAACUAAAAAUAGAAGAAAAAACAUGAGUCCCACCACCGACGAAAUCGAAGUGAAAGAUUUCGUGGUGAACCAAAAGAAUGGAGUGAAAGGACUCGUCGACUUUCUAACCCUAACCACACUUCCUUCUCCAUACAUUCAACCUCCUCAAGAACGCUUCACUUCCGACAAGAUCCUCUUCGGAUCACCUGUCCCGGUCAUUGACGUGUCCAAUUGGAAUGACCCGCACCUGGCUAGAGAGAUCUGCCAUGCAGCGACAAAGUUGGGUGUGUUUCAGAUAGUGAACCACGGGAUAGCUCCGGCGGAGUUGAAGGGUGUGAUUGCGGCGGCGCGUGGGUUUUUCGAGUUGCCGGCCGAAGAAAGAAGAAGGUAUUGGCGAGGGACUUCGGUGUCGGAGACGGCGUGGUUGACCACAAGUUUCAAUCCUUACAAGGAGAGAGUUUUGGAAUGGAGAGAUUUCCUCAAGUUUGAGUAUCUUCCUCAACGACACGACUUCGCUGCCACGUGGCCUUCCGUCUGCAAGGAACAAGUGAUAGACCACUUCAAGAAGAUCAAACCAAUUACAGAGAAGAUCUUAAACAUACUCAUCAACAAUCUAAACUCAGUCGUCGACGAGUCCAAUAAAGAAACUCUAAUGGGAACAAUGAGAAUGAACUUCAACUACUAUCCGAAAUGUCCUGAGCCAAGCCUGGCCAUAGGAACUGGUCGCCACUCAGACAUCAACACUAUCACUCUCCUCCUGCAAGAACACGGUGUAUUAAGCAGUCUUUACGCCCGAGCCACCGAGGAUGGUGACAAAUGGAUUAAUGUCCCUCCAAUUGCUGGAGCAAUUGCUGUUAAUAUUGGAGAUGUAUUACAGAUAUUGAGCAAUGAUAGGUAUAGGAGCGUGGAGCAUUGUGUGGUGGUCAAUAAGUGUUGUAGCCGGGUUUCCAUUCCGGUUUUCUGCGGACCGGUUCAUGAUUCGGUUAUUGAGCCGUUACCAGGGGUGUUAGAGAACAAUGAGAUGGCUCGGUAUAGAAAGACUGUGUAUUCAGACUAUUUGAAGGGUUUUUUUGGAAGACCUCAUGAUGGAAAGAAGACUAUUGAGUCGAUCAAAUUCCCAUGACAUGAUUUACAAAGCUUUAAAUCAUCACGAUGAUCUGCGGCUCAAAAUCGAGGAAAUAAGCUCUAUAUAUUGAGUUCAUGCAUGUCUUUAUAUGAAAAUAUCUUAUUUUACGCAACCAUUCAGCAAGUGAAGCACCUUUGAUCAAGAACCAAUCUGCUCAUUGAAUUGGACUCUUUUAACUUUUUUGAGUUAUGAUGGAAAUAUUGGUAUUGAACAACGGAACUCGUCAGAAAGCUAAGUUGAAAAAGAUCAUCAUCAUCAACAUUUUGGUGGUGGCCCGUUUUUUGGCGUAAAACAUAUCAGGAGCGUGAGCAUGGUGUGGUGGUCAAUGAAUUGAUGAAUAGUCAUAUGCACUUGUAACAUGGAGAAAAGUCUUCAAUAUGGUAUCAUGAGUGGAGACGCGGACACGCGGUCAUGAGUAGAUAUAGAUAGAUAUUGAGCCAUCGAUCUUUUCCUAAUUAGUGAGAGUGGAGGUGACGCUCUGUCGUGAUUCAUGUACAUCCACAAAGUUCACUUAUAUAAACAUAAUAAUGAAUAA